AUGGAGCUUCAGUUUUGGCCUGAUUUUGUAUCUUUCUUGAAGAAGCUGAAUGGUCGGAUGCUCUUGGUGGUUCUGGUCACAUCUUUUUUGAUUGUUGACCUAGUGAAAAAGAGACGACCCAGGAAUUUCCCUCCAGGGCCACAGCUCUUUCCUCUCGUGGGAACCUUUGUGGACUUUAAGCAGCCCCUCCAUCUUGCACUGCAGAAGCUUACGGGUCGGUACGGGAACAUCUUCAGCGUGCAGUUUGGGAGUCUGACAUUCGUGGUUGUCAACGGGUACCAGAUGGUGAGAGAAGCUCUUGUCCACCAGGCUGAAAUAUUUGCUGACCGGCCAAACAUUCCACUCCUCCAAGAAAUAUUUAGAGGCUUUGGGCUCAUAUCAUCCAACGGGCACAUAUGGAGGCAGCAGAGAAAGUUUGCUUUAGCAACACUGAAAAGCCUUGCUGUAAAUUUUGAGGAAAAAGUGCAAGAGGAGAGUCGGUACCUCGUGGAGACAAUUGAAGAGGAGAAAGGACAGCCCUUUGACCCUCAUUACAAAAUCAACAGUGCCGUUUCGAACAUCAUCUGUUCCAUAACUUUUGGGAACCGCUUUGACUACCAUGACAACCGUUUCCAGGAACUGCUGCACUCCCUGGCUGAAACGCUGCUGCUCAUCGGAAGUUUCUGGGGCCAGCUCUAUAAUGCUUUUCCUCUCAUCAUGAGAUGGUUGCCAGGACCUUUCAGGAAAAUCUUCAGGCACUGGGAGAAACUUCAAUAUUUUGUGAAAGGCGUGAUUGCAAAGCACAAGGAGGAUUUGGACCAGUCCGAGGCAGGAGAUUAUAUUGGCUGUUACCUGAAGGAAAUAGAAAAGUUUAAAGGUGACACCAGCUCCCAUUUCCAUGAGGAAAAUCUGCUGUGCUCCACCUUGGACCUGUUCUUAACUGGGACAGAGACAACAGCGACCGCCAUCCGCUGGGCCCUGCUCUACAUGGCUGCGUACCCCCACAUUCAGGAGAAAGUGCAGCAGGAGAUCGACGCCGUGGUCGGGCAGUGCCGGCAGCCCUCGAUGGCCGACAAGGAGGAGAUGCCCUACACCAGCGCCGUGCUGAGCGAGGUGCUGCGCGUGGGCAACGUGGUGCCCCUGGGGGUGCCCCGCAUGGCCACCAGCGACACCACCCUGGCCGGCUUCCACCUGCCCAAAGGCACCACCCUGAUGACCAGCCUGACUUCAAUAAUGUUCGACAAAAACGUGUGGGAGACUCCAGACACCUUUAAUCCUGAACAUUUCCUGGAAAACGGCCAGUACAGGAGGCGGGAGGCUUUUCUGCCCUUCUCUGCAGGCAAGAGGGCUUGUCCCGGGGAGCAGCUCGCCAGGACCGAGCUCUUCAUCUUCUUCGUGGCCCUGCUGCAGAAGUUCACCUUCCAGGCCCCAGCAGCGGCCGCGCUGUCCUUCGCCUUCACGCUCAGCCUCACGCGCUGCCCCAAGCCCUUCCAGCUCUGCGCCCUGCCCUGGCACUGAGCCAGGCCUGGGGCUGCCCCACGGCCCCCCAAACUGGGAAAUCCCCUCUCCUGACUGAGAUUUUGGGCUGAAAUGAUAGGCCCUGGAGGUCCAGCACUUGCCAGCAUCUGGGAGGCAGGGGAAGGGCGCAAAGGCCACAGCAAACACAACCCUUGUGGCUCUUCACCUCAUUCCUGCUCCCCGCUACCAGUCUGACAAAAUGCAUGGAUUUAAAAGCCUUAUUACCUCAUUUCCACUGUCAGCAAUUCCCAGGAAGGUGUCUGCCAGCUGCAAAAGCAUGGUUUGAUGUUGACUUUUCUGUGGGGAACAUGUCCAUCACCCAGAGACCGCUUAGCAGCCCCUAAUGCUGCAGCACCUAAACAGCCAAGGGCUCCUGAAGUGUCCCCGCUCAGAGCUGCUGGCCUGGGACACAAGCUCUGGACUCAUGACCCAGCCUCAGUUUGGACUUUUGGGUGGCCACAGCCGAUCCUGAGCCUCCGGUGGGCUUGGGCUCAGGGUGGUGGACAUUCCCUACAGCACCACAUUGCUGCUGUGUGAUGGAAAUCACAGAAUCGAGGAAUAGUUUGGCUUGAAAGGCACCUUAAAGAUCAACCCCUCUGCCAUGGGCAGGGACACCUUCCACAAAAUCAGGUUGCUCCAAGCCCCAUCCCACCUGGCCUUGGACACUUCCAGGGAUAAAAUAUAUCUAAGCAGAGAUCUCUGAAGCAGCAGCAAGCAUUUUUUUGGAUCUCAAAGGGUAUAUGGGAAUUUUAAUUAGGAGGCUACAGGGGAGUAAAAGGAGCUUCUACCAAAGCCCAACCCAAGUGGGAUGGCACAAGGUGCUUCCAGCAGGUCUGGAGGGCUAUAAAAAUAAGACACAGCAAUUUUAUAUUAGAAAACCAAAAGGUUUGUGCUAGUAAAAUACAAAUCAGAAAAGCUGCAACAAAAUAAUCCCCUGGGGUUGCUGGGGAGCAGUUCACCUGAAGUGCAGCAGAAAGGGAACAGCAGAGAGCUGGAAGGGUCAUGCCCAUGGUGGCUCAGCCCUGCCCCUCAGGAAGGAAGUGUUGGAACAGUGGCUUUGUGGUGGGAAGUCAUGAGUUCAGCACUUCCCCUCUGCUUCUGGCAAGGAUUUGUGUCUGUGUGACCAGCAUGGACAGUGGGGUGAGGAAGCGGCUGGGACAGGGCACCCUGCACCAUGGACACAGCUUCUUCCUAUGCCAGGCCUCUCUGGAUAUGAGUUAAUUAAAUAUGCAACUUGCAGAGAAUUUUUCUGUUUAUGUGACCAAGUAUUUGUGCUUAGAAAUGCUGUCUCCUGUGUGCUUCAGUUCGGACUAUAGUCAUAGCAAAGAUUCUUCUUCUUCCUGUUUUUGUUUUUUGGUUUUUUGCUUCUCACCUUUCA